UUCCCAAGUUGGGACGCAGCAGCUCCCCCGCGCUCCGGCUAUUGGCAGAGAGCAAAAGCCCUUCAUUGUGUGUAUGAUAAUCAGGCCGGCGGAGGCGUGCUGCCCCUCUCUGCCUCGCCGGGCUACGGUGCCUCCUCCGCCCUAUGCAGCCAGCGUCGCCGCUGCCGCCGGACUUCUAUAUAAGUGCCAGAACGGCUCCCUGAGACUCCUGAAGAUGAAGGCGCUUCCGCCACUUGGCUCCGUACCCCAAGGCUCCGUUCCCGAGCCCAGCUGGGAGAAGGCAGCUCGGUGCCCAGGAAUCGCGGUGGCGGCUGGCAGGCUCGACUUCAACUCCUCCGGACGGUGGCAUUAGCAAGUCCCGCUGCUGCCAUGAGCUGCUCGGACGUGGUGAGGCACCAGCCGCAGGCGACGUGCUGCCCGCCCCAGUUGAAGGUGCGCAGUGCUGUGGCAGCGUGCCCCUCGGUCCCUUGCUCUGCGCCGCCGUUCACGCAGAGCCAACAGAGUAAGUUAGCUGUAUACAGCAAGAUGCAGGAAUCUCUGGAAGUGACCCUUCCUAAUAAACAAGAGGAAGAUGAGAAAGACCAGCCCACUGAUAUGGAAUACCUUAAUUCUCGCUGCGUCCUUUUCACUUACUUUCAGGGAGACAUUGGGUCAGUAGUGGAUGAACACUUCUCAAGAGCUUUAAAUCAAGCUAGCCGCUUCAGUUCAGAGGCUGCCAAUUCAAAAAGCAAGACAGGGCUAAAUCCUCUAUGGAAAGAGAAUGUAACAAUAGCAAACCAAAGGAGUGGUUUCCCAGCUUCAUUUUGGACCAGUUCUUACCAAACUCCGCCUCCACCAUGCUUAAGUGGAGUUCAUCAUGAUUUUCCCGUUACUGCACCAGGCACCUUCUCAACAGCGGAUCCUAGCAGCUGGCCAGGACAUACCUUGCAUCAGAGUGCUCCACCUCCUCCGCCUAGUAUGUCAGAGUCUUGGCAUUACCCAUUAGCAUCUCAGGUGAGCCCUUCAUAUGGACACAUGCAUGAUGUGUACAUGCAUCACCACCAUCCUCAUGCACACAUGCAUCAUCACCACCACGCAACUUCGCACCUUGACCCACGGUACAGAUCUUUGCUGAUGCCUUCAGUUUGUGCAGGCAAGAUUCCUCCACCACAGUGUGAUGCAACAAAAACAGAUCCUACUGCUGUCACCAGUGCUACCUCAGCAUGGGCAGGAGCCUUUCAUGGAACAGUUGACAUUGUGCCAACUUUUGGGUUUGACACAGGCAUCCAACAUCAGGACAAAAGUAAGGAGACAUCAUGGUUCUGAAGUACAAAUGGAUUUUACCAGUAACCAGUGUUAAGCAUUCCCAUCUUGUGAAGGAGAUACUACACUCUUUUUUUACAACCUCUUCACAGUGGCAGUGGACAUACUGCUAAGCAGAUGAUGAUCCAGCCAGGCAUAAUUUUCAGACUGAGCCUUUACUUCCAGAAGGCCAUUACUAAAUCCCAGGAUGUUAAGAAAAGAAAAUCCAAUACCUUUCUUUUGUAUAAUCAUUUGUCAUCUGAGCCUGCUGCAGCAUUUCUUCAGCCUAACUUCUUUUUACUCCUUUUAACAGUGUUUUGCUUGGCUGUAUGUUGUCUAUAAACUAAUUCACAUCCUCGAUUGUCAGGAGAGACCUAGCCUUGACUAGUAGUCCUCCUUCAGGAAUACAGUUUUUAUAGCUCUUUGUGCAUCUAUUUUUGUAGAAAUACAGAAAGUUUGCAUAAGCAUUGAUGGGCUAUUUUAGAACAAUGUAUUUUUUUAAAAUUUAAAGUUUUGAAAUUUUAAAGUUCUGUUUAAAGAACUUGCUCUCAGAUGCACUGGCAAAAUUGUAAAAUGCAUAGGUUUUUAGAUGUCUGAUAUACUUGUAUGAGAUGUUCUUGUUACGUGAAGCAACUUGUCAUGAUCAAAUGGUUCAGUCCUACAUAUAACAAUCCCUCAAGAUCUUGAAUGUACUUUGCCUUUCGCUUGAGCAAUUGUUCAGAUGUAAAAUAGUUCCCAUGGCAGUGCUCUAUCAUUGAAAAAUGAUUAUUCACUUUGCCUCUGCUUCUGAAGACAACUUUCAGCUGGGCACUUAAUGACAGUACGUUGUUGAAACAAGGAGGUGCAGAUGUUUUUAACUGAAAUCCUAAGCCCAUGAACAGCUUGAGCCUUUAAAUUGACUUCAGCUACGGUGUUGAUUGAUAUGGCAGCAGCUGAAGAGAGAUUCAGUGCCUUGUUGCUUGGGGUAAUCUUUCUGAUCCUGCCCUAAUUUCCUACUAUCCUCCACCUGUACCUAUUAGAACAUCCAAACUGGGAUCCAGAGAACAAGCUUAAGCAUGUUCAAGGGACUGGAUGUGCCCAGUGAAAUUUUUCACUUUUUCCCUGUUCAAGCAGACUGCUUUAGAAGGUCCUUCCUAGUCAUACAGUUCUUUGGAUCCAGGCCAGAGCUAGCAAACAAUUGCACCAGUCUGUGUAGCUUAUAUAUUUGUCUAGAAUGCCCUGCAUAGAGGCACUAGAACAGUUGUAUAAGUGGAAGCAUGAACACAGCACAGUCGGUUAUUGGUACUGCUACAGUUCUGGUGAUGGCACUUUAUAGCACUGUGGAGACCAUUAAGUUUUAUCCUAUGAGCUGCUGCGUUAGUAGCUCAUAGGAACAGGAUAUUCAUUGAAAAUUUCAUUGCAUAUCAAUGGAGCACACAAGUAUGUUAAGUAUCAGGCCAUUAAUCACCUAGCUCAUAAUAAAACUUACUAGCUAGUCUUGUUUUGGGGAAAAUAUAUAUUUCCAAUGAACCAUUCUUGCAAUUAAAAAAUACUCUAACAGGAAUUAAAGCCUGGGGCAUAUUUUGAAGGUAUCUGUAAGGGAGAAAACCCUUCCAGUGGUGGCUUUUGCAUUCUGAAUCAGCCCUCUUUUGGCAAGAAAACUUUGUAUAUUCCCAAAAGCUCAGUAUUUUCAAAUACUGGAAUAAAGCUACGCAUUUUCUACAAUCUGUUCUAAGCUGGCAGU